GGAUCCUGCAGGGUAGGGCAGCAGCAGGAUGGCUCACCCGCAUCAGGGACUGCUUGGGAAUGUUGUUUAGGAACGGACUGAAGCAGUGUCAAUAUUUGCUAGGCAAGAUCCCACCGUGUGAGCAACAAGCACGGAAUGUGGUAAUAAAAGAUAAAUAUUCUGAAGAAGAAACAAAUGUUGUGGAGGAGAAAACAAGGACAAAAUGGAAUUGUGGCACAGCCAAGGGUGCCACAGCAGUUUUUAUUUUAUUUACAUGGUCUCUUGGACCAUAAGUCGUGUUAUCUGCAAAGCAGGGGGUUUUCGUUGCGCCACGAAGCCCCGAGCACUGCUCCGGCAGUGAGGGCUGGCCGUCCUUCACCCACGUGGAGCUGUGGGUCUGGGGACACCCAAGGAAGAAGAGACACCCACGGUACCGGCCCGAUCCGAGCCGAAGCCCUGGCGCUGCCCGGCGGGGGAUGCGGGGCCCCGCCGUCCCCUGGGGGCGGGGAGCGCGCCGAGUUCGACGCUUUCCGGCGCUGGCCGCCGAAGAUUGGAAGCGGCGAUCGACGCGCAUGCGCGGUGUUGCGGCGGGGCCCGGUGAUGGCGGCGGAGGCGGCGGCUGCGGCGGCGGGCGGCGCGGGCACAGCCGGGGCGGAGGACGGGGCAGAGACGGGCGCGCCGGGCCCUGGAGGAGCCGAGGCGGCGCCGCCGCCGCUACCGGGGCUGCAGCUGGUGCAGCAGGGCGCCGAGGCGUGCGUCUACCGGGGCAGUUUCCUGGGGCGGGCGGCCGUGGCCAAGCUCCGCUUCCCCAAGCGCUACCGGCACCCGGCGCUGGAGGAGCGGCUCGGCCGGCGGCGCACGGCGCAGGAGGCGCGAUCCCUGCUGCGCUGCCGGCGGGCAGGGAUCCCGGCUCCCGUGGUCUACUUCGUGGAUUAUGCGUCCAACUGCAUCUACCUUGAAGAUAUUGUUGGCGCGAUCGCCGUUCAGGAUCACAUCUACUCCGUGCAGCGGAGCGGCAGCGAUGCCGGCAGCCUCCUCGGCUUGGCAGAGAAGAUGGGCCAGCUGCUGGCCAGGAUGCACGACGAGGACCUCAUCCACGGCGACCUCACGACGUCCAACGUGCUGCUGCGGCCGCCCGCGGAGCAGCUGGACUUGGUGCUGAUUGACUUUGGGCUCAGCUUUGUUUCAGGUCUUCCUGAGGAUAAGGGAGUCGAUCUAUAUGUGCUGGAAAAAGCCUUCCUUAGUACCCAUCCCGAUACAGAAACUGUGUUCCAGGCUCUGCUACAGAGCUAUGCGGCCGCAUCUAAGAAAUCCGGCCCAGUGAUCAAACGUCUGGAUGAGGUGCGGCUCAGGGGGAGGAAGAGGUCCAUGAUUGGGUGACAGCAGGCAGCGAUGGGGAAAUAUUCCUGCUUGGUUCUGCCUGGGAGGUUAUUUAUACUUCCAGCUACAUUUAUUGCACAGAUUACUAUUUUGAUAAUAGUGUCUUGUAUAAAAUAAAUUGGAUUGGAUUUCUAA